AGCAGUGAUGCGCCAUUCCUCGGGGAAAAGGUUGCCGCCGGCAUGGUGUUGUUUGAAGAUGUGGCUGUGGACUUCAGCCGGGAAGAGUGGAAGGACCUGGAUGACGCUCAGAGGACCCUGUACAGAGAUGUGAUGCUGGAAACCUACAGGAACCUAGUGUCAGUGGGGCUUUCAGUAACUAAACCGGAAGUGAUCACCAGGUUGGAGCAUGGAGAAGAACCGUGGAAAGGACCCCCAGGGCAAAGCGUCUCAGGAUUUCUUUCUGAAGAAACUAACUUUCUUAUGAGGAGAUUGAGGUCAAAGGAUGGGGAAUCACAGUUUGACAAUUGUUCUCAGGACUUGGUGACCUUUCGUGAUGUCACUGUGAGCUUUACCCAAGAAGAAUGGAAUUUGCUGAACCCCUCUCAGCGAAACCUCUGCAGAGAUGUCAUGCUGGAGAAUUACCAGAACCUGAUGGCAGUAGCAGGAAAGAAUCCAGAAUGACUGGGAUGACUCUGAUCGUGAAAACUGUGGAAGAGACUCCAGUGGCCACUCACGCCCUAACACACAUGGG